AUGCCAAAGGGGCUCGGGAGCCUGCGUGUUCCGUGUGGCAGCAGAAUCGGACUCUCCGGGUUGGGCAACAGAGCAGGUUGUGUCCUUGGUCUUUUUUCCGGCCAACGUGGCUCCACGACAUCCAUGACGCUGGCCGUUUUCUCCGCCCAAGCGACGUACGUACCAAUGACUGGGAAGCGUGCCUCUUUCUACCUGAACCCAGCCAAAAUGAGCCACUGGUUCACAUCGCCCAUUUUCGGGCCAGGUCGUAAAGUACCCAGCGGCCACAGUACACCCCGUUUGCUACGGACGGCUUUGCCGGCCGCGACGCGCGCGCAAAGCAUCGCCGACGUCCAUAGUGUUGAAACUCAACUUGGGGAGGAUCGGCUUUUUGGCUGUCCGGCGCCUGCAACGGGUCAGAGGCCAUCCUCCCCGCAGCGCCUCGUUUCGUUGCCAUGUUGCCCAUCAGAGAUCCAGCACCCGCAAAGAGCGACUGCGACCGCGGGGCUGGCUGUCCCUGUUUACGCUGCGUGGGCGUAUGGGAGCGCGCCCAUUCCGCUUCAAGAAGCUGGAAACAGCCUCUACUGGGGCACCGCACAUGUGAUGUGCAAGCUCUCGCUCACGUCCAACAUCGCCUCGUCCAUGUGUGCGUUUCUUGUCGCUGCACGUUCGCGUUCUACUUGUCGUGCAGAUCACGACACCGAGGCUCGCAAGUAG